AGCUUCCAGAAGGCUGCAGGGAAGCAGAGCUGCUGCCCGGCCAGGGAGCCAUGGCCCUCGACAACCAUGUGUGGGCGCCGGCAGCACCCAUGCCGAUGGCCGAGAGCGCCCUCUACCGACAGCGGCUAGAGGUUAUCGCGGAGAAGCGGCGGCUGCAGGAGGCGAUCCGGGCGGCGCGGCGCGAGCUGGAGGAGGAGAAGCUUCGCGUGCAGCGGCUCAAGAGAAAGACUCUCCGGGACCGGUGGCUUAUGGAGGGGGCAGCUGAGGAGCCAGAGGGGCCGGAGGACCCCCCGACCCCUGAGUCUCAGGCUCAGGCCCGCAUCCAGAGCCUAGAGGACAGCUUGUUCACUCUCCAGGCCCAGCUGCAGCUGUUGCAGAGUGCGUCCACAGGGGCACUGCACAGGCCCGGGAGCAGACCCAUCUGGCGCCGACAGGGCCAGCGUCCUCUCUCGCAGCCCCCUAUGGAGCCGGCCCCUGCAGGCCAGGCUGACCAGGACAAGCGUGCCUCCUUGCCAGCUGGACUGGCGGGCACGCCCCCAGAGUGCCCCCCUGGGCCAGGACAGGUGCCCAGGGCAGCGGGAGUGUCUGCAGAAGCCAAUGGCCCCGGCCUGGAGUCCAGCUCUGUGCCGGCUGUAGAGGGGGCAGCCAAGGGCGAGGACAGUGGCGUGGGUGUCGUGGAGGUGGUGUGGGAGGGCCUGAGGGCCACGGAGGACAGUCCCGGGGAGCCCACGGGCGCCGAGCUGGAGGCCAGGGUGGAGGCCAUGGUGCUGGAGGCCAUCGGGGAGAGGCUGGACGUGGGCAGGCCCGACCUCCCGGCCUGGGUGAGGGAUGACCGGGCUGUCGUUGAGGUUGUCUGGGAGGGGGUCGGAGGGGACUUGGAGGUCCGGGGGGAGCCAGGCAGGGACCCCCCGGCACCACCCAGCCUCCCUGAAGGCUCGAGAAGGGGUAGCCCUGACGGGGCGGGGCAGGGGGGCCGUGGGGGCGAGGACGGCACCUUCAUCUGGGUGGAGAGAGUGACCGUCGCUGAGGACUGGGAGGAGCUGGGGCUGGAGGGGACUGAGGGGCCGCGAGACAGCGGGGGCGCGGCCAGUUGGGAGCUGGAGCGGAGACAGGCGGAGGAGCGUGGAGCACCGGGAGGAGGUGAGGAAGCCCUGAAGGCACAGAGAGAGGAAGGGGAGGAGUCACCCAAAGCAGACAGAGGAGGAGGUGAGGAGCUAUUGAAAGAAGCCAGCGAAGGAGGUGAGGAAUCGAUGCAGAUGCAGGCAGAGACUAGCGGAGCCAGGGCUGUUUCCCAGUCGGAAGCGACCCCCGAGGUGGAGAAGGACAUCAGUGCAGGACAGAGAGCCCCUGGGGAAGGGCUGGAGGGGCCCACCGAGGAGGCAGAGGCAGGGGCUGCCCUGAGGGCCAGGGAAGAGCCCACCCAGGAAAUGGAAGCCCAGCCACCCCAGAAGACCACGGAGGACUGCCUGGAGGUGGAAACGGCCUCAGGGACACCCCAGACCCCAGCUGAGGGCCCGAGCCCCUCGGGCAAUGCCGCGCCCCUUGUGGAGGUGACCCCAGCCCCAGCAGAGCAGCCCCCAGAGUGCCAGCCGCUGCUGCAGGCCAAGGGGCCCAGGACCAACCCCAGUGCCCACCCUGUGCCCAGCUAUGCCCCUGCCCGCCAGCCCCUGCCCUCCGCUGCUGCUCCGGAGGCCUCCGAGACCAGUGCUCCAAAGCAGAAAACGUGCCAGUGUUGUGCGGUUAUGUGAGCCCAGGCCCUGCUCCCCGCGCCAGGCUCUCUCACACCUACCUCGGCCGCUUGGCACCCAGCAGAGGGUCCCGGGCACAGAUGGGACCCACGGGCCCUGCCCGCCCCACCCCUCCACCUGGGCUUCAGGAUCCCCGCUGCUGCCUGUGAC